AUGCCAGAGCUGCCCCCGGCCUACCUGUGCCCGCUGUUCUAGGCGGAGUUCAAAGGUUACUGCUAUCGAUUUUUCCCUCUCAACAAGACCCGGGCCAGGGCCGGUUUCCACGGUUCGGAGUUCUCCAUCGGCAGGAAGUCUGCCAAACUGGCCUCCAUCCCCAGCCAGGAGGAGAACAUCUUUGCAUUUGACCUCGUGAACAACUGUGUUCCUGGGAUCCCAGCCGACAUCUGGACGGGACUUCAGGACCGCAAACAGGAAGUCCAGUUUGAAUGGACCGACGGCUCGUCCUAUGACUACAGCUUCUGGGAUAGAAGCCAGCCCGAUGACGGCGUCCACGCAGACACAGAAGAGGAGGACUGUGUGCAGAUAUGGCACCGGCCCGCCCGCGCCCUGAGGUCAUGGAAUGAUAACACCUACAGCCGAACGUCCCCCUUUGUCUGCAAGAUCGCGUCUGUGACCAUCCAGUGA